AUGCGACCAGAACUACUGUUCUCCCUCAUUCUAUCGUUCGUGGUGAGCCUAUUGAGUACGGUACAUCUGAAGACGUUAGGUGAUUUCAGAUAGAAUCAGAUGCAGUUCAUCCGGUGGUUCUGGAGACGAAACUAGGCGACAUUCAAGGCAAUGAAUUCUUCUUUUUGUCAAAGAAAAUUCGGACUUUCUUCGGGUAACUUACUUUUCCAAUUGAUCAAUCUUUCUAAGUAUUUCAGAGUUCCUUUCGCCGAAGCGCCCAUCGAAGAGUUCCGAUUCCGAAAGCCACGUCAGAAAAAGCCAUGGAAGGGACUUUUCGAUGCGACGAAACCUGCGAACGCCUGUUUUCAAGUGACUUUCAAUCAUUGACCAACAAAUAUAGUCUGUUUCAGACAAGAGAUAACUACAACACGACGUUCUGGGGAAGCGAGAUGUGGAAUGCGAAUACUCCGAUCAGUGAGGACUGUCUCUAUCUGAACAUUUGGGCACCGGCGGAUGCAUAGUGAGCAAGAGGACCGGAGAGAGAAAAAGAAGUUGAUUUUCAGCAAUUUGACGGUGAUGGUUUGGAUCUUCGGAGGCGGUUUUUACGCGGGCAGUCCGUCUUUGAACAUCUACGAUGGAAGAGCUCUCAGCUCCACCCAAAACGUUAUAGUCGUGAACAUCAACUACCGUCUGGGCCCUUUCGGAUUUCUCUACCUGGACCACCCAGAUGCGCCGGGCAAUAUGGGCCUUUUGGACCAGGUGAGAGAGUCCCUUUUUGUCUCUGCACCUUUCCACAUUUUUUCCCCUUUUCGCUCUUGGCCCUAUUAUUAUUAUUCGCAGCUUUUCACGCACGUUUCGCAUCCAUUCACACCCUCGCACAAAGUGCACAUAGACAUGCGAAACACUCGCCACAAAAACUUGCUCUCACGUCGCCCCUCUUCAGAGAGUAAUUUUUCACAUUGCUCCUCGCCUUCGCCAACUGCUCCACCCGAGACUCGGUGCCGCUCACUGCUCCGGAAUUCUGAACUCUGGCUGCUCUGAUUAGGUCCCCGGAGACAACUUUUUCUUUUUUUCAGCAAUUGGCGCUUCAUUGGAUUCGACAAAAUAUUGUGUCGUUUGGCGGAAAUCCGGACAAGGUUUGGUUCUCUCUUUUCCGAGAAAACGACCCUCUUUCUCUCUCACCGACGCCUUCUUUUCUGCAGGUGGCCGUCUUCGGGCAGUCCGCCGGAGCCGCUUCCAUUGUCGCGCAUCUGAUAGCUCCCGGAUCCCGAGGGUAACACAAUUAGAACGACGAGAACAACUCUCGUUCAAUCAUUCCUUCGUUUCAGUCUCUUUCGGAACGCGAUUCUGCAGUCGGGAAGUGUCGAGAACACGUGGGCAAUCAAUUCGCCGUUCCGAGCGAAACAAAAGUCGGAGAGGCUUCUGGAGCUCGUCGGUUGCAACAAGACUACUGUAAGUGAACGUGUUCCACUCUGGAAAAGAGUUCCUCUCAGACCGAGAACUCCCUGUCGUGUCUGCGUCUCGUGUCUCCGGAGCAGCUGAGCAUGAGCACAUGGAAUCUGUCCCUGACCUACCUCGAAUUUCCGUUCGUCAUUGUCUCACGGUCAGUUUUCUCUUUGUGAUCCCCUCGAAUAUUCAUAAUCUUCUCCUUUUCCUUCUUCAGAGACAACCACUUCUUCGGUCAUCUGGACGCGCGUGCGGCGUUGCGUGAAGGCGAUUUCAAUGGAGACGUGAACUUGAUGAUUGGCAUGAACAAGGACGAAGGUUCGUGAAGAGAGAGAGAGAGAGAGAGAGGGGGGAUGAGCGAGAAGGCGGCGGGGGUGGAGCCGCAGAAUUGGCUCGAAUUGGGAGGGUGGAAGAAGGAGUGUCAAAGUGUCAGAAACAGUCGGAAAGAGAGAAGAGCUUUCAUUCUCAGGCAACUAUUGGAAUAUCUAUCACUUGCCGCAGUACUUCGAUUCGUCCGAGCCGCCCGAGUUGACCAGGUUUGUUUGGGGGAAGAUUUCUAGGAAUGGAUGCUCAGUGAGCACAUGAAUAGAAUAGUUGAUUUGGGGGGAAUUGAGGAACUCAGCAUGACCGUGGGAACCUGGAAGCUUCUUCUUAUGCAGCUCUAUCUUUUAAAGAUUAACUUUGUGCAUUCAGACAUCAAUUCGAUUCCCUGGUGGACUCGACGUUUGCCAUUCAGCCGGACAUCAUCCGAUCCGCCGCCAAGUACAUCUACUCGGAUCCGAACUGCACGGACCACGGCCGCAAGACCCGAUUCUACGGGAACCAAAUGAAUCAGAUAGUCGGCGACUAUUUCUUCUCGUGCGAUUCAUUGUGGCUCGCCGAUCAGGUACCUCCCCCUAAUUGCCUCAAUUCUUCUCUCGGCGAGCUCUCACUUUUUUUCGCAUUUUGCAGUUUCGUUCUCUGAGUAUCAAAUCGACGAAUUCCAUCCCAACUUCUAAAGUCUUUGUCUACUAUUUCACACAGUCAUCGAGGUUUUUUUUUUGCGAAUUUCAGUUAAACACGUCACACUUCCGAAUUUCAGUGCGAAUCCGUGGCCAAAGUGGACUGGCGCGAUGCACGGAUACGAAAUCGAGUACGUCUUUGGAAUGCCGUUGAGUUAUUCGAAGAAUUAUAAGCGCAGAGAGCAGAUAUUCUCUCGCAAAAUUAUGCAGUUUUGGGCGAGUUUUGCCAAAAAUGGGUGAGUUUAGAGAGUGCGGGACAAGCGGAGAAAUUGAGAGGAAACGAACGGAACUUGUGCGUUUUCUUUCAGAAUUCCGAAAUUGCGCAUUUUGAAGAACACCGAGCACUGGCCAGAGUUCACAGAGCAGAAUAAGUACAGGUACGUAUUUCCUUAUUUCACUUCUUCUCUUUAUGCCGUUUUUCGGUCAGAUGGAUGCAGUUGAGAAGUGGAUCGAACAUCCGACCGAUCAAACCGAAGAAGCAAAUGGAGUGCCAGUUCUGGAGACGAGUCAAGGAGACCGAAUACACUGCUUACUGUAAACGACAUAGAGAAGAUUCUCGGCAAAACACCCAAAUGCUUUCAUUUUCAGUGACACAAGAGUACGCCUCCUCGAGCAGCCGUCUGAAUACGUAUUGGCAGCUGAUUCUGCCCUUCUUCCUAUUCGUUUUCUCAAUCAUUUUCUAAUUCUCGACCUCCUAAAGUCUCUCUCUCUCUCCCUCUCUCUCCCUCUCUCUUCCCGAUCCAGUUUUGUUUCCUCAGCGGGCUUCCCCUUGAUCUCUGCCUAAAUAAACUCCGAUUAAUUCGAACUCUCGAUUCAUUCGGCAUGAUCUUCCCGUUCUUUGAUCAGCACGUUCCUUCUCUUUCUCUCUUUCUCUCCGUCUCCCGCAUUCUCUCUAUCUCUCUCUCUCUCUCUAACUUUUUCUCUUUCUAACGUGUCGUGUUUGAGGGUCAGUCUUGCCACGCGAGAAGCUGUGAUCAUCGCGAGGAGGGCGGAUGCGUCGUCGUCGUGUCUUGCUACUUCUGCUGUCGACCACGGCACUCCUCGUCUCGACGCAGCAGGUUAAUCCGUUCUAACUUUCAGCCUGACAAUAUCUGACAAAUCACUAACCGCCUGUCUCUCUUUUAGGACGACUCUAAGGCGGGCGUCGUUGAAGUUCAGACAAAACUCGGAACUGUUCGAGGAGCGGAAUCCGAUCAUGGAAACAAGAGAGUUCGAUCAUUCUUGGGGUAAAUUUCGGAGAUGUCAACUAUUUUAGAGUAUUCCUUUCAGAGUACCGUUCGCGGAGCCCCCAAUCAAUGAGCACCGCUUCAAGAAACCGACUCCGAAGAGGCCGUGGAAUGGGACGCUAUCAGCGGAUACACUGGCUCCCGCAUGCUUCCAGGGAAGGGAUACCUAUGAUCCGAACUUCUGGGGAAGCGAAAUGUGGAAUGCGAACACUCCUGUCAGCGAGGACUGUCUCUACGUGAACAUUUGGGCACCAGCUGAAGCUUAGUGAGUGAAUGCGACACUUUCAGAACGUCUUCGUUACUUUUCAGCAACCUGACCGUCGUUGUUUGGCUGUUCGGCGGCGGCUUCUACUCCGGAUCGCCUUCUCUGAUUCUUUAUGACGGAAAGGAGUUGGCAACACGUGGUAACGUCAUCGUAGUCAACAUAAACUAUCGUGUUGGCCCGUUCGGAUACCUUUAUUUGGGACAUGACGACGUGCCAGGCAACAUGGGAAUGCUCGAUCAGCAGUUGGCUCUCUAUUGGAUCAGAGAUCACAUCUUCUCGUUUGGCGGCGACCCCGCCAGAAUCUCUCUAGUCGGCGAAUCAGCUGGCGCCGCUUCUAUUGUGGCUCAUUUGAUUGCUCCUGCUUCCAAGGGACUCUUCCAGAAUGGAAUUCUUCAGUCUGGUUCUUUAGAUAACAAGUGGUCGAUGGAUACGCCGAAAAGAGCGAAGCAAAAGUCAAUGACUCUAGCCGGAUUGGUGGGAUGCAAUCAGACGAAGACGACCGACGUCAUCCACUGUCUCCGUCAUACUCCUGCCCAAACUCUCGUCGAUAAUAUCUGGAGCGUCGGGCUCAACUUCCUCGAGUUUCCCUUUGCAAUCGUCUCGAGAGACCGUAACUUCUUCAAACACCUCGACGGAUUCAUAGCUCUCCGCGAUGGGACCUAUUCAACAGAUGUCAACCUCAUGUUCGGAAUUAACCACGACGAGGGCAACUUUUGGAAUAUCUACAAUCUCGGAAAGUUCUUCGACAAGCAACCAGUGAAGCCUCAAAUGGAUCGGGUUCAAUUCCACGAAUGCGUCGAAACGGCGUUUGCAGUUCAGCCCGAACUAGUGCGAAGUGCCGCCAAGUACGUGUACUCGGAUCCGAAGUGCACAGAUCCUCUGCAGAAGACCGAGUUCUACGCGGAGCAGGUGAAUCAGAUGGUCGGAGAUUACUUCUUCACCUGUGACAGCAUCUGGUUCGCUCACAACUACCCGAAGCUCGCCGGAAACCGCUCGAAUGUCUUUGUUUAUUACUUUGAUCAGCCGUCCAGGUAAGAAGCGUCCGGCCUGCCAACUGCUGACGUUUUCCGAUUUCAGUGCGAAUCCGUGGCCGAAAUGGACGGGAGUGAUGCACGGAUACGAGAUCGAGUACGUGUUCGGAGUGCCUCUUUACAACAAGACCGCCGGAUACACAAAAGAGGAAAUGGAUUUGUCGGAGAAAGUGAUAGACUUUUGGACGAGUUUUGCAAACCACGGGUAAUGAAACAGCACACGUCUAUUUCAAGAGAAAUAUUACUCUCUUUCAGAGUUCCCUCACUUCGAAAGCCGUCUGUCGGAACGUCGAAAAAGGUCACGUGGGAGAGGUACGACGGAACGGAUCACACAAAGUGGAUGAACAUCAAAGUGGGCUCGUUCCGAAUGAUUCAAGAGAUCAAAAAGGUCGAGUGUGACCUGUGGAGGAACGCGAAAGACAUGGAAUACAGUGCCUAUAGUGAGUCCGAUCCAGACAGCUUCACGUCGAACUUUGAAACUUCAGAAGAAGAGCUCACCGCCUCCUCGUCGCCAAACACCCACUACACUAUAGUUCUUCUUCUCCUGCUAGCCGUCUAUUCAGUGGUGUUCGACACGUUCUAA